AUGGAAUUAUCUGAAAGAAUUCCACCAAUUGGUCUUGUUAAUAACUCUUAUAAUGGAUGUUAUGUCAAUAGCUGUAUUCAGCUUUUAUUUUCAAUGAAGUCUUUUGUUUCUUACUUAUCUUUUAAUUCUCCAAGUAAUGAAAUAUUACAAAGAAUCCGCUUGCUUUUUGUUGACUUAAUAAGUACUACUCUUCAGAGUAUUAAUACAUUCUAUUUCCUUGAUUGUUAUAAUCCACAGUAUGGAGACCCAAACGAGUUUCUAACCCAAAUAUUAGAACAUUGUAACCAGUGCGGUUAUUAUGAAAUGUCUAUACGAUGUGAUAUCAAUUGUGAUUGUGGAAAAACUGAUACAGUUAUUUCAAAAGAACCUGUCCUACUAAUUAGAAAUAAUGGUAUUCAACUUGAUUUACCAACACAACUUUGUUUAUCACUAUUUAGAGAGUUCCAUUGUUCUUGUGGAAGAACAUUAAAUGUUGAAUUAAAGCCAUUGAACUCUCCUCAAUAUCUCAUUAUUUGUGUUGAAAACAUCAAAAUAAUAAAUAACCAAAUAGAGAAACAAACAAAAAGUAUUUCUCAGAACAAAGAAAUUAUAUACAACAAAUCAAAUUAUUCUCUUAAAUCAAUGAUAACUCAUAUAAAUGGAUAUGACAAUGGCCAUUGUAAGAGCUAUGUUAAAACACAAAGUGGAUGGUAUUGUUGUGACGAUACUAAUGUAUACCCAUGGAACGAAAAAUUAGAAGAGGAAGUAAAUGAAGUUGUAACAACAUUUCUAUUUGAAAAAAAGGAAGAAGAACCUCAAAGCAAACCAAUUUUAUCUCAACAGGCAUUGCUUGAUUAUUACCUCUUUCUUAAAAGAAAACAAAAUAAUUCAAAUUAUUCUUAA